GAGGUGGGCAAUGCCAGCCAGGCCAAGCGUGCUGACGACGAGCAGGGAGAUGGAUCGUGGCGUCAGCCUGGAGAACCCCUACGCCAGCGUCAACAUCCCGCGGGACCAGUUCCAGCAAAGCUUCAUCACUCGCUACCUGAAGGACGAGCCCACUGUCAUUGCCAACCCUGCAGCUGUGCCCACCUACGGCGUGGAGGAGCAGGCGGACCCCGUUCAUGGCCGUCCCCGCAGCCUGGACCACCUGGGGAUGUGUGGGCUGGAGUGCGAUGGGGUGUCUCUGCUGGAAAACAUCUGCCCAGAUGUGCCCAGCCGCUGGAGGGUGGCUGAGGAUGUGGAGGACUCCACUGCUGCUGCCCAGGUGCUGGUAACCCAAUCUCCCAGGCUUGGCUUCCUGGCAGCAGAUCCGAUAGCAUGCCUGUCCCUGAAAGGCAGGGCUGUCCAUGGGCGCCGGCUCUACUGCGGCCAUACCUUCUGCCAAGCCUGCCUGAAACGCCUUGACGCCGUCGCCAAUGAGCAGCGCUGGAUCCCCUGCCCACAGUGCCGCCAAAAUACGCCCACGCCGCGUGGCGGCGUUGCCAUGCUCGACCUUGACUUGGCCACCUUCCUUGCUGUCAAGGCUGACAAGGAGCAUCCCCGGGUGGCCGGCAGGUCCCAACCCGACUUGGCCACCAAGGGCUUGUGCAAAGAGAAGGCGGUCACCCAGCAGCCGACGGGGCUGUGCCAAGAGGCAGGGCUUCCAGCACCGUUCCCCCGAAGCAGCUGCUGCCGGCUGUGCCUGUGCUGUGGGGUGACGGCAGCCUUUGAGAGCUGA